CAGCAGGUCUCCUACAGGACGGGAAGUAGUUGAAGGAGCGACGGGAGCUGUGGAAGCUAUGGCAGUGGAUGCCCCGCAGCCUGUAGAGAUUCAGAAUGUCGUUCACCAGUUGAGGGAUACUGAUACACUGAUUUGUGACGAAGGUGGAUUUUGUGGCAUUUAUUACGCAGGUGAUUAAUUGUCCUGCCCAAACGAACAAGACGUUUAAGAAACUGGAUAUAAUUGUAUGUGCGGCUGAAAGGUUUUUGUAAAUAACUGCCGAAGCAUUGCCGGGAAUGAAGAAAUUCCCCACUCUCGGGCCCCUGAGACUGUGUAGGGGUGUGAUUUGGACUGUGACAGAAGGAGUGAGAGGGUUUUUUGAUUGAUCCAUUUUCGUAUUUUGUCUGAUGUCGUUUUACCCGCUUUUCUGGAAUGGACAUGACUUUUCCCCCCGCAGUUCACUAACUGUACAGUAGGUGGACACAUACACAUUACAUUUGUGUGAACGAAACAGGAACUUCCGGGCAAGCGCACGCCAUUCUUCAGAAUAAAGAAAGCGCCAGAACUCUUGAUGUUAAUAUGAUACCUUUUGUCUCCGUUUUAAAUGUAUGGCUACAGGCCGACUCCGAUCAAGUCUGAGGCCGGUAACAUCAACAGUGAGGACAAACCCAACCUGCCUCUCUCCUUCCACACUGAGUCCAAACCUACAGUCACUGGGUCCUGAUUGUGACAGUGGAGCCCAGUUUGCUCUGCAGGAUCCAGAGAUGGCAUCAGUGAAGCUGGAAGACUGCAGUCAAACACUGGAGCUGAAUGUCAACAUUAAAGAUGAAGAAGAGGAGGAGAAGAUUAGGACAACUGUUAGUCAUGACCGACUCAGAUUAAGUCUGAAGCCGUUAACAUCAACAGUGAGGACAAUCCCAGCCUGCCUCUCUCCUUCCACACUGAGUAGAAACCUACAGUCACUGGGUCCUGAUUGUGACAGUGGAGCCCAGUUUGCUCUGCAGGAUCCAGAGAUGGCAUCAGUGAAGCUGGAAGACUGCAGUCAAACACUGGAGCUGAAUGUCAACAUUAAAGAUGAAGAAGUGGAGGAGAAGAUUAGGACAACUGUUAGUCAUGGAUACCAUUUUGAGACAUUCUCCACAUCCAGAGAGCAACAGCGGGAAGAUCAGAGAGCUAAGAGGUCUCAUCACUGCCCACAUUGUGAAGAGAUUUUCCCAUUUCUAUUAAAGCUAAAAAUACACCUAAAAAUACACACAGGAGAGAAGCCUUACUCCUGCUCUGACUUUGGAAAACGUUUUAAAACAUCAAAUGAGCUAAAGGUUCAUCAGAAGACUCACACAGGACAGAAGCCUUACUCCUGCUCUGACUGUGGAAAACGUUUUAAAACAUCAAAUGAGCUAAAGGUUCAUCAGAAGACUCACACAGGAGAGAAGCCUUACUCCUGCUCUGACUGUGGAAAAUGUUUUAAAACAUUAUAUGACCUAAAGGUUCACCAGAGAACACACACAGGAGAGAAGCCUUACGUCUGCUCUGACUGUGGAAAAUGCUUCACAACAUCAACUACUCUAAAAGUUCAUCAGAGAACACACACAGGAGAAAAGCCUUAUUCCUGCUCUGACUGUGGAACUAGUUUCUCUAAAUUUUCCACCUUAAAAACACAUGAACGUACACAUACAGGAGAGAAGCCUUACUUCUGCUCUGACUGUGGGGCGAGUUUCUCUCAGCUGGGCACCUUAAAAACACACCAACGUAUACACACAGGAGAGAAGCCUUAUUCCUGCUCUGACUGUGGAAAAUAUUUUAAAAGAUCAAAUGAGCUAAAAGUUCAUCAGAGAACACACACAGGAGAGAAGCCUUUCUUCUGCCCUGACUGUGGAACUAGUUUCUCUCAGCUUUCCCACUUAAAAUCACAUGAACGUAUACACACAGGAGCGAAGCCUUAUUCCUGCUCUGACUGUGGGAAAUGUUUUAAAACAUAUGACCUAAAGGUUCAUCAGAGAACACACACAGGAGAGAAGCCUUAUUCCUGCUCUGACUGUGGAAAAUGCUUCAGAACAUCAACUCAUCUAAAAGUUCAUCAGAGAACACACACAGGAGAGAAGCCUUAUUCCUGCUCUGACUCUGGAAAACGUUUUAAAACAUCAAAUGAGCUAAAGGCUCAUCAGAGAACACACACAGGAGAGAAGCCUUAUUCCUGCUCUGACUGUGGAAAAUGCUUCAGAACAUCAACUCAUCUAAAAGUUCAUCAGAGAACACACACAGGAGAGAAGCCUUAUUCCUGCUCUGACUGUGGAAAACGUUUUAAAACAUCAAAUGAGCUAAAGGUUCAUCAGAGAACACACACAGGAGAGAAGCCUUUCUUCUGCUCUGACUGUGGGGCGAGUUUCUCUCAACUUUCCCAUUUACAAUCACAUGAACGUAUACAUACAGGAGAGAAGCCUUAAGUCUGCUCUGACUGUGGGGCGAGUUUCUGUCAGCUGGGCACCUUAAAAACACACCAACGUAUACACACAGGAGAGAAGCCUUACGUCUGCUCUGACUGUGGAACUAGUUUCUCGCAACUUUCCAACUUAAAAUCACAUGAACAUAUACAUACAGGGGAGAAGCCAUACUCCUGCUCUGACUGUGGAAAAUGCUUCAAAACAUCAACUGUGCUAAAAGUUCGCCAGAGAACACACACAGGAGAGAAGCCUUAUUACUGCUCUGACUGUGUAAAUGCUUCACAACAUCGACUCAUCUAAAAGUUCAUCAGAGAACACGUACAGGAGAAAAGCCUUACUCCUGCUCUGACUGUGGAAAAUGCUUCAGAACAUCAACUCAUCUAAAAGUUCAUCAGAGAACACACACAGGAGAGAAGCCUUAUUCCUGCUCUGACUGUGGGGCGAGUUUCUCUCAACUUUCCCAUUUACAAUCACAUGAACGUAUACAUACAGGAGAGAAGCCUUAAGUCUGCUCUGACUGUGGGGCGAGUUUCUGUCAGCUGGGCACCUUAAAAACACACCAACGUAUACACACAGGAGAGAAGCCUUAAGUCUGCUCUGACUGUGGAACUAGUUUCUCGCAACUUUCCAACUUAAAAUCACAUGAACGUAUACAUACAGGGGAGAAGCCAUACUCCUGCUCUGACUGUGGAAAAUGCUUCACUACAUCAACUAAGCUAAAAGUUAAUCAGAGUACACGUACAGGAGAAAAGCCUUACUCCUGUUCUGACUGUGGGGUGAGUUUCUCUUGACUGGAUACCUUAAACACACACCAACAUAUACAUAAAGGAGAGAAGGCAUACUCUUGCUCUGUUUGUGUAAAAUGCUUCAAAACAGCAACCGAUCUUAUAGUUCAUCAGAGAACACACGCAUGAGAGAAGCCUACUCACACUUUUGGGUGAGUUUCUCUCACCAUAGCAACUUAACACACCAAUGUAGUCACACAGGAGAGAAGUCUUACUCCUGCUCUGUGGAAGGGUGGGCGUGUAACUCAAACUUCUAGCCAAAGGCUGCUGUGUUUAGAAUCUCAUCAAGGAGGACUGUAGCAUUUUAGCUAAUCAGCAAAUUUGCAACUACUUACUACUUUUUAGCUAUUACUUAGCAUGUUAGCUUAGCAUGCAACUACUUAGUAUGUUAGCUAACCUUUCCCCUAAAACCAUUUAACCCCUCACCCCUAACCUAGCUAACAUUAGCAACAACAAAUUGGAAUUCGUAACAUAGCAUGUAACUACUUAGUAUGUUAGCAUAUCUUACAUAUUACAAGUUCGUAACAUAUUGUAUGAAUAGCAAUGCGUAAAAUAACGUAAGAAUUGUAAUUCUUAACAUACGAUACUUCCUAGAAGUCGUAUUAUUCUGAACAAUUUAAACACAACAAUUUCAAAGAUGUAUAGUUCGUAUAAGGAAAUCAGUCAUUUUAAAUAAGAGGCCAUAAUCUAUGGAUUUCACAUGACUGGGCAGGGGCUCCGCCAUGGGUGGGACUUGGGAGGGCAUAGGCCCACUUGGGAGCCAGGACCAUUCAAUCGGCAUGACUUUUUCCCCACAGAAGGUCUUGAUUACAGACAGAAAUACUACUCAGCCCCUCCCCCCACCACCUCAGACAAUCCUGCAGGUGAAGAGGUCCUGGGCUGCCGUGGUUACAUGUGAUCUGCAGUUGUGAGGCCGGUUGGAUGUCCUGCCAAAUUCUCUAAAAGGACGUUAGAGGUGGCUUAUGGUAGAGAUAUACAUAUUGAAUUCUCUCCUGCAGUCCUCAUGCAUCUAGUAGACACUUCUUUAAAAAUACAUUUUUUGAACCUUUAUUUAACUCUGCAAGUCUGUUAAUAAGAACUAAUUCUUAUUUACAAUGAUGGCCUAGGAACAGUGGGUUAAAUGCCUUGUUCAGAGGCAGAACAACAGAGUUUUACCUUGUCAGCUCGGGGACCUUUUGGUUACUGGCCCAACGCUCCAACCACGAGGCUACCUUCCGCCCCUAACAUGUAUCAGAUAGAGAUGGUGUGAUGAUCACUUUUCAACACUAGUUUGGGGGGAUUAUUUUACAACUUUAUUUAAUGAUACACAGUUUAUGAAAUGAAUCCAUGUGUUUAUUAAUUGUCUUUCAAACUAGAUUAGUUAUUUUAGUUACUGAUCAUGAAUGUGUUUGAAUAACUGCAUUGAAGCAAAGUUUAUUGAUCUGCCAAUGAAAAAUAAAGUUACAU